GCUGUAUGUGGAAACAAUAUGUUCCUUUGUUAGAGGAAAAAACGUGGCUACAGUCCUGUUAUUCCUCAACAGAGGACGGUCGACAGCGUGAGCUCUUAUCUGAGGAAAACAGAAGAAAAGCAGGCGUUGGCGUGUACAGUGGACACAUCUUUGCUUUCACAAGCCACCAGCAGCCGCGGUCCAGGCAGGACGACGCAGGCGAGGACCCCGAGCCCUGUGCUGCUGGGAUCCCCCCAGAGGAACCUCCUGCGUUGAGGGUCCCACAAACCGGAGAGGAGCAGGAGGAGACGAGUGGAGUACCAAAAUCCAACAGAGAGCAUGAAGAGGGAAACGGGAGCUCUCCGUCUCCUGAUCUCGACAUUAAACCAGUUCGUCUGCUCAGCCGUGAUGCAGAGAGCAGCAAGAGUGACAGAGACUCAAGUCUGGUCUGCAGAGAAAAGACGAAGAACGAGAAGAGAGGAAGAAACCAGCAGUCAUCCUCAGAUUCAGCAAGCCACGCCUCUCAAAGCUCAGAAAGCGACACCUCCUCUGAGAAAGGCAACGCCGCUCCUGAUGCUCCCCUUCGGUCCGAGGAAGAGGCCAAAGAGCAAAGUCACGCUGACGAAUCAGAGAGCUGCGGCUCAGAGCGGGAAUCAGGAAGGAGCGACGGAAAAAACACAACCAGAGCUGCAGAGGAAACAGAUGAUCAGGAGCAAAGCAGCGUUAAAGAAAAGGAUGGACUGAAAAACCCUGGAGCUGCAGAACAAGAGGAAACCGAAAACAGCCAGAGUGAGGAACAAGGCAGUGAUGAAGAGGAAGAUAAAGAGGUUUCUUUAACUGGAAGAACAGAGGAAGAGGUUAGGAUGGAGGACAAGGUAGAGGAGAAAAGGCAAGGUUCUGCCUCCUCACUGGAAGAAGAGGAUGAAAGCAGCGAGGAAGAGGAGGGGUCACACGAUGAAGACCAGGGUGAAGAAACAGGAGAGGAGAGCGGAGACUCAGAGGACGUCAUCAUCUCUCCGCAGAAUAAAAGGCCUGAACAGAUCCAGGUUAUUUCUGAAGCAGCUGAAGAUGAGGAGAACAAAAGUCAAUCCUCAAAAGAAAUCAGCGAUGAAGAUAUCGAGAAUCUCCUCGUGCCUCAGGAGCAAACAGAAGAAAUGGAUUUAAAAGCCAACGAGGAGCCUAAAGUGAUUUAUCACAACAUGGACAUCUUUCAAGCGGCGAAGGAGAAAUCAAAGACAGGCGAUAAAAGCGACUCUGAUGAGUUUGAUCAUUUUUACGACUAAAUGUUUGAGCCUGGAACACGAGAAAUGCACAAAGUUAGAAAAAAAUAAAGAAUGUUGCAUCAUU